CUUUUAUUUGCAUGUCAUGCAUAAGUACUAUUCCUUUUUUAUGUCUUAAUGAAGUUCUGAUAUAUUGCAACGGAAUAAAUUUCAGCUGCAUCAACGUUUUUCCGUUUCAAUUGAGUGAUUGCCGCUGAAUUUAACACAUGACUCCAGAGAGUGCAUUUCAGCCAAGUAAAUCCUUAACUGGAUUACAUGGAGUGCAUUUAGUUUCUCACUCCUCCUUUUCGUUCCAAGAUAUAAAACAAAAUCACGAUUCUAACGAGUCAUCGUCCGGUACUGGAAUCAAUCGGUCACUAAAUAUAAUAUUUUUAUUAAUCAGGAAAGUUUGGCAUCAAAGACCUGCUUGUCUGAGGCCCAUCCAUUGUUGCCAUACCGGCGAUAAAAACUUUGCGGAAACAGUUGUUAAUGUGCUUACUUCACUUCCUUUUAUCGCCCUUGGACUCCAUGCCCCGAGGAAAAAUCUUAAUUGUAGAAUAUAUGCGAAUUCGUUAAUUGGAGUAGGAGUUGCAUCGAGCUUUUACCACGCUUCGAGAGGGAAACUGAGGAAGUAUCUCAGAUGGGCUGACUACACUAUGAUAGCCACAACUACAGUGUGCCUGUCAAGAGCAAUCAGGAGUGAAAACCCGAAGUUGCUGAUGGCAGCAUCUGCUUUCUUUCUGCCGAUACAACCACUUAUGGUUUCCGCAGUUCACACGGGAAUGAUGGAGGUUGCAUUUGCUAAGAGAGCAUUUCAAGAUCCGAAUCUUAGGACAGCACAUAAUGUGCAUAAGGUGUCGUCGCUGUUAGGUGGUGCACUUUUCAUCGCGGAUGACUUUCUCCCUCGAACUCCAUUUCUACAUGCUGGAUGGCACCUUGCGGCUGCUCUCGGAGUUAGCACUUGCAACAAACUUUUGCACUAGCUAUUUGGAUUGGAGUAUUAUUGCAAACUCA